AUGUUCUUCAACGGGGAUUUGCAAAGCGGAAUUGCGCAGGCCAUGGCCCAAUCCAAAAUGGUAGCAUGUUUUGUCACCGACGAAGAGCAGGAAAGCAGUUUGUGGGAGGAAGUGUUUUUGAAAGAUUCCAUUGUCAAAUCGUUAUUGUCGAGUCAAACGGUACUUCUCCGACUUAUCGCUGGAUCGCAGGAAGCUUUAUAUCUUGCUGCAAUCUUUCCUAUACCGAAGACACCCACACUAGUCAUUAUCAAAAAUGGAGAACUUAAAGAGUAUCUGGCCUCAGGGACCUCUAAAGAAGAUUUUCUCAGGCGGGUUGGAGUUGCUUUCCAGUCAUCCGUUCCUGAGACUCCUUCCAGAAUAGCAGCGGCCUUAAGAGGUCCACUACCUGGUGCUGUUGAUAGUAUACCGGCUGCAGCCCCGGUCGUUGAUCAACCUUCAACAUCUGCUUUCACAACUCAACCCUCGUCCCAGCCUCAAGCAAAGCCCAAAUCCUCAGGAGAACGGAAAGAGCAAAAGCCAGCUUCAUCCGGUAAGGGUAAAAGUAAAGAGCUACCUAUCACAUCUAAGCUUGCCCCAGAAUCGAGUGCAAAUAAGGUAGCAGACACGAAGUAUGCCCUGCAACGCAAAAAGGAGCAAAAAGACGCGCGGGCAGAAAGGGAUCGCAUCUUAGCUCGCGUCGAAGCCGAUAAGACAGCCAGAAAGAGAGAAGCGGAGCUGAGAGCUCAAGCAAGAGUAAGAGAAGCUGUCAGCAGUCAAGCAGCUGGUAAAUCGUCCUCCGGACCGAUCGCCCAGAAGCAGCUGCAUGCUGAAUGUGCGGUGCAGGUGCGACUUUUCGAUGGCUCAAGUAUCAGAGAACGGUUUCCGUCAGGGAGUUCACUACGAGCUCAUGUUAGACCUUGGGUUGACUCGAAGCAGGAGCUCGACUUUCCCUAUAAUUUCAAGCUGAUUCUUACACCUUUGCCCAACAGGGACAUUUCCUUGUCCGAGGAAGAGCAGGAUCUGCAAUCAUUAGGACUGACACCUUCAGCUACAUUGAUUUUGGUACCAAUAAAGGAGUUUACCUCGGCGUAUGAAGGCGGUCCCAUGGGACUAGUUUACAGAGGAGCCUCUGCAGGCUAUGGCCUUCUUGCUGGGAGUCUUAGUUGGGUUGCAGGCACCGUCGGUGGUGUUCUGGGCUCUACGCCAUCUAACGAACCGCCGGAGGCGACUGCUGAAACUCUAGCAUCCGCCACAAUACCUCGGCCAGGAAGGGUCAAUAUUAGAACUUUACGAGAUCAGCAACCCAGGGAGGACCAACAAUUUUACAAUGGCAACGCGCUUAACUUCGAACCUAAUGACAAUGAGGAAAAUCAUUCCAACUAA